UUAUUGUAAAGUGUGUAGAGAAAUUAAAUGUAUGGUGUUUUUUUUAGUAUAGUGACUGACAGUAAAACACUCAGAUCUAAAAGUCCAUUUCACCUGGGACAGUUAUGUGACAGUUCAAUCAUACAAAAUGGCGCUAACUGGGCGUAGGCAAGUCAAAUUCAAAAACAUAUUGUUCAUAUAUCGUAUUAUACGAUUUGUUUAUCGUGAUUAUUUUACAAUUUGUAAAAAUUUUAAUGUAUCAUAGUUCUAAAUCAUCUUUCAGAAUAUCAGAACAUUUGUUGUUUUCUAAACUACAAUGAGCUCCUGCUUCCUGUGUAAUUUGGUAUGAAACCACUGAACAUACUUUUCUUAACAUUGUUAUUAUGAACUGAAUUCAGUAACAGCAUAAUUAUAUCAUACCUGUUGAACAAAGCAACACACUAGAAUGAGAGAAAUUAUUAAAAGAGAAAGUGACUUAUUAAUAUUAUAUUGUUGUUGUUAAAUUGUUUUAUUAUUAUUAGUUCCACUACAUGGAGAAAUUGUGAAAAAUAUUAAAUCACCUAACUGUUUGGAUGUGUCUUUCUAUGUCUGUUAGUAAAUGUUUUAUUUCUAAGAGAUAAUGAAUAAAAGAGAACAAUUGACCUUCAAUAAUUAGUUGGCCCUGUGUUAAUCACAACCAACAUGCUGGAUCUCUGUUUAGGACGUCACUGUGUUAACCACAACCAACAUGCUGGAUCUCUGUUUAGUUGUUACUGUGUUAACCACAACCAACAUGCUGGAUCUCUGUUUAGUUACUGUGUUAACCACAACCAACAUGCUGGAUCUCUGUUUAGUUGUCACUGUGUUGACCACAACCAACAUGCUGGAUCUCUGUUUAGGGGUCAGUUCUCUAAAAUGAGUCUCUCUGGGGAACAUGACACCAAAUCUAAGAGACCAAUCAAGCAGAAGAGACCAGCCUCCCGUGUCCCCAGCUGUGUGUCCAUGAAGAGUGACUGGUCUAUGGAACCUCCUAUAUUCUUUAGAGAGGGAGACUUUUCUACUGAACAAAGUCCAAUCAAGCAGGAGAGACCAGCCUCCCCUGCACCCAGCUGUGUGUCCAUGAAGAGUGACAAGUCUAUGAAGCAACCUAAUCACUUUAGAGAGGGAGACUUUUCUACUGAACAAAGAAACCAACAGGAGAGAUCCGAGUCAGAUAUUGUCAGUGGUCAGUCUCCCCCGAGUCAUCAAGCAGACCUGGCCUCCAUAUUCAGUUUGCUUGAAGAGAAUAUUAUGACAUUUGUGAAGAACGAGCUGAAGAUGUUCAAGAGGAUUCUUAGUCCUGAACUCCCAGAAGGCUUUGAGAGUCAGAAGCAGGAUAAGGAAGUAGUAGAUGCUGAAGAUGAGAAGCAGGAGAGCAGUGCCAGAGAGGGGGCUCUGAAGAUCACACUGCACGUCCUGAGGAAAAUGAACCAGAAGGAGCUUGCUGACACACUGGAGAAAAGUAAGAGCUGUCUGCCUCAUGUUGAAUGCUGUUUUAUAAAAUUUAAAAGCUAUAGCUAAAGUACAGCUAAAGUAGCUGUGUAACUCAAUGAUAUUGUAGCAGCCUUAACACAACACCUAGUGACCUCAUCAAGUAGUAGCAGCGAUGUGUUGUGGUGAUACAUUUUUUGAGACAGAGAGAGAGGGAGAGGGAGAGAGAGGCAACAUUAAUAAUACCAUCAGUAAUACCAAUAAUAAUAUAA